AUGGCUUCUCUAGAUCUCCAAAAACAGGUCGGCCAGCUCUUCGCAGUGGGGUUCCAUGGCUACACCCCAAGCCCUGAAAUCAAGACGUUGAUCCAUGACUACCACGUCGGAGGCAUUGUUCUCUUCUCGCGCAACUUUGAAGAUGCCGAGCAGCUCCAGGCUUUGACAUUGGCUUUACAAAAUGAAGCUAAACUGGCUGGACACGAGCGACCGCUUUUGAUUGGAAUUGAUCAAGAAAACGGAAUUGUAACUCGGAUUCCUCCCCCGAUCGUUGCGCGGGUACCAGGGCCUAUGGCACUUGGCGCCACGUAUGACCCGGAGUGCGCUUACACUGCGGGAAAGGCCACAGGGGAAACUCUGAAGGUUUUCGGGAUUAACAUGAACUAUGCACCAGUCUGCGAUAUCAAUUCAGAGCCUUUGAAUCCGGUUGUGGGGGUACGAAGUCCUGGUGAUGACCCCGAAUUUGUGGGCCGGUUCGCCAGUGCGGCAGCACGGGGUCUGCGGGAACAAAACAUCGUUCCAAGCGUAAAGCAUUUCCCUGGCCAUGGAGACACUGCCGUUGACUCGCAUUAUGGACUGCCGGUUAUUCCAAAGACGAGGGAUCAACUGGAGCGGUGCGAGUUGAUUCCAUUUAGGCGCGCUGUUGCUGAAGGUAUUGAGGUCGUUAUGACUGCUCAUAUCUCGCUGCCGUGUAUCGACCUUAAGCGCCCCGCAACGCUAUCUCCAGAUGCCAUGGCGAUAUUGCGCAAGGAUAUGGCUUAUGAUGGCAUGAUAAUUACUGACUGUCUGGAGAUGGAUGGUAUUCGUUCCACAUAUGGCACAGAGGAAGGCUCCGUACUCGCAUUGCGUGCAGGUAGCGAUAGUAUUAUGAUCUGUCACACCUUUGAUGUGCAAGUGGCCUCAAUCAAAAGGGUAUGUGAAGCAAUCGGGUCCGGCAGUAUUGAUCAAUCGCGGCUGGCGGAUGCUUGUCGGCAUGUUGCUACGGUGAAAGAUAAGUUUUUGAACUGGGAUAUCGCUCUUCAUCAACCCAAUCUUGCAGAGCUGAGCGCGCUCAACAAUAGAAUCACCGAGAAAACCAUGGAUAUCUACUCUCGAUCAACCACACUUGUUCGCGGCAAUAAUGGCGUUCUCCCACUGUCGAAGACCUCAAUAAUCAUCUUCUUAUUUCCCGGAGACAAGAUUCCAGUUGGUGGUGCAGUUGACGGCGAAGGAGUAGGGAAGGCGGGAUUAUAUCAGUCCAAAAGAUAUCUGGACGUUCUUCGACAACACAACAAUUCUAUCGCUGAGAUCAUAUACGGAGAGACGGGCCUGGACUCGGAGCAAUGGAGAAUGAUUGAGGUCGCCGAUGUUGUGAUUUUCACUUCACUCAAUGCAAAAGAGUCACCAUACCAGAGAGAAUUGGGCCUUGAACUUGCUCAACGUGUGAAAUCAGUGGUACACAUUGCUGCAUGCAACCCUUACGACUUCCUUGAUGAUCCUAGCGUCAAGACCUAUAUCACUACAUACGAACCAACGAUCGAGGCAUUUUCUGUGGCUGCCGACAUCAUGUUUGGCGCACUGGUCCCGACAGGCGCUCUGCCAGUAGGACCUAAUGCAUUGACCAAGACAGCAGCAGUCCUGACACCUUUUGAUGCAACAAAUGAUCUGGAUGAGAUUAUCAAAGUCUGGGCCGCUGCUCUCCCGACCUAUCCCCUUCCUACUGAAAGUUUGCGGUCGCUGAUAGUGCGUCCAUAUGGUCACCAUUUCGUUGCUCGUAUUGGCUCAGAGCUAGUGGGGUUCUGUCUUGCUUAUAUAAAUGCCCACGGUGAACCAAAGACUGUGCACAUCGCGGUUCUCGCAGUGUCACCAGAUUAUCAACGUCAAGGCGUUGGAAUUGCCCUGCUGCAAGAAACAAGAGCACACUUCCGGACCACUUUCAAUAUCAACAAAGUGAAUCUGGGCAGCUCGUUUCCCCGAUUUUGGCCCGGUAUUCCUAAAGAUCUUCCGGAAAGCGUCCAACAUUUCUUCACACACCGUGGCUUCCGACUCAAUCCGCCUAAUGCCCGAUCGGUCGACUUGUAUCAAGAUAUCCGGAACUUCCAGUCACCAGAGAAGUAUAUCACUCGUGCAAACGAGCGGGGAUUCCGAUUUGCACCAUUAAAACCCGAAGAUUACGAGGCCUGUCUGGUCGGUCAAAGAAGAAAUUUCUCUCAUAAUGAGGACUGGGUUCAAGCCUACGUUGCCUUAAAUCCCGACCAGUAUCCAGAUAGCGUGAUGACAGCGUUCGACUCUGAAGGCCAACAGGUUGGCUGGACGCUGAUGCUGGGUCCAUCAGAUGUGCUGAAUGUGAUUUGGGCGUUCCCUCAAACCUGUGGCCCCAAAACAGGGUUGAUCGGUGCUGUGGGGAUUGAUGAGGCCCACCGCAAGUAUGGCAUUGGGUUAGCGUUGAUCUGUCAUGCCAUCGAGCAUAUGAAGCAACGAGGUAUUGAAGGCGUCUUCGUGGACUGGGUUGCCCUGGAUGGGUGGUAUGAGCAAGUGGGCUUUGAGACCUGGCGGAGCUACAGACCUGGCCAACUUUGA